AUGAGUGAUAUGAUGAGAUCUACUUCACAGUUCAAGAGAAUGAGAUUGAAAUUCCAUUUACAAAUUCUAUUUGGAUUGAUGUUGAUCUUUAGUGUGCAGUUUUCACUUGCAGCUACAAAUCCCGCUGAUGUCGCUGCAAUUAAUAGAUUAUAUGCUGCAUUGGGAAACCCUGUACUUUCUGGGUGGGUUUCUAGUGCGGGAGACCCGUGCGGAGAAGCAUGGCAAGGCGUUCAAUGUAACGAUACACUCAUACAAGAAAUAACUUUGGUUGGUGCAAAUUUGGGAGGAGAGCUUGGUGAUAGCUUAGGAACGUUUGUUUCCAUCAAAUCAAUAACUCUAAGCAACAACCACAUUGGAGGAAGUAUUCCAUCAAGUUUGCCAGUCACCUUGCAAAACUUUUUUCUUUCGGGUAACCAGUUCAAUGGAAGUAUUCCAGUCUCUUUAUCGACAUUGACAGAACUUACUGACAUGUCUCUAAAUGAUAAUUUGCUGACUGGAGAAAUACCAGACGCCUUUCAGUCUCUUACGCGAUUGAUCAAUCUAGAUUUAUCUAAUAAUAAUUUGAGUGGGGAAUUGCCUCCAUCUGUAGAGAGUUUGUCAGCUGUGACGACCUUAAAUUUACAGAACAAUAGCCUGUCUGGGACACUCGAUGUUUUACAAGACCUUCCACUGACAGAAUUGAAUGUCGAGAAUAAUCAGUUUUCUGGAACAAUACCUCCAAAGUUGUUAAGCAUCCCUAACUUUAGUAAAGAUGGAAACCUAUUUAACCUUGAUGGUAAUGCUACUAUAGCACCAGCUCGUCCACCUCAUUCUCCAAUAACAGCUUCACCAUCAGGAACUGUGGUUCCGGUUCCUGGGACACCAUUUUCUGGACGGAUACCUCCUAAACAUGCCAAUGGACCAACUUCAUCAAAGAAAUCAAGUUCCGAGAAAUCGAAAACAAACACUAAAAGAGUGGUUUGGAUUACUAUUUCAUGUGUAUUGGGGUUUAUCAUCUUGGCACUGGCACUCGUUCUCUUUCUUCCAAGAUGUAGCAAAAGGGAACGCGUUGAUAGAACCUCCAAGCAACAUCUGGUUGGAGCAUAUGGAGGCGAAAGAGCAAAUCCAUGGAAUAAUGGGGCUCUAGUCCAACCACCUAGUCAAACUGAGAAAGUACUGAAAGGGGCUGUUGUAAGGCCAAAAGAGAAUCGGCAAGCAGAGAAAGAUGAACAAAGAAUGGAAACAAUUCCAAAGCUAUUGAGUCAUGAGAUUGAUAUGAGUGCACUAGAUAUAGAUUCAAUGCCACCUUCACCCCCACCCCCACCCCCACCUCCUCCUCCACCUCCUGCACCACCACUUUCCGUAGAGAAGGUGGUUGUUGAGCCGACCACACUCCCUGGAGGGUCUAACAUCAAUCCUUCCAAAAGAAGUCCAGUUACUCCCACCUUUGCAAAAUCUUUCACCGUUGCAUCCCUUCAACAGUAUACAAAUAGCUUUUCUCAAGACAAUCUUAUAGGAUUAGGCAUGUUGGGGAGUGUAUACAGGGCAGAGCUUCCUAAUGGGAAGAUACUUGCUGUGAAAAAACUAGACAAAAGAGUUUCAGAUCACCAAGAAGAUGAUGAGUUUCUUGAAUUGGUAAACAAUAUCGACAGAAUUCGGCAUGCAAAUGCUGUUGAGCUUAUUGGGUACUGUGUAGAGCAUGGACAGAGGCUUCUGAUCUAUGAAUACUGCAGUAAUGGGUCGAUGUAUGAAGCACUUCAUUCAGAUGAUGAUUUCAAAACAAGGCUGUCUUGGAAUGCUCGUAUUCGGAUAGCACUUGGAGCAGCCCGAGCCUUAGAGUACUUGCAUGAGCAAUGUCAGCCACCUGUUAUACACAGAAAUUUCAAGUCUGCCAACAUUCUCCUUGAUGAGGAUCUAUCUGUCCGUGUAUCUGACUGUGGUUUGGCUCCAUUAAUAACUAAAGGUGCUGUACGUCAGCUCUCAGGACAGCUGCUAGCAGCUUAUGGCUAUGGGGCUCCAGAAUUUGAAUCAGGAAUUUACACCUACCAAAGCGACGUGUACAGCUUUGGAGUCGUUAUGUUAGAACUUUUGACAGGCCGUCCGUCCUAUGACAGGACACGUCCUCGAGGUGAGCAAUUUCUUGUAAGAUGGGCAAUUCCUCAACUUCAUGAUAUUGAUGCAUUAUCAAGGAUGGUUGAUCCUUCUCUAAAUAAAGCUUACCCAGCCAAAUCGCUGUCAAAUUUCGCAGACAUUAUUUCUAGAUGUGUUCAGGCCGAGCCAGAAUUCAGACCAGCAAUGUCGGAGGUUGUUUUGUAUUUGCUAAAUAUGAUAAGGAGAGAAUCUCAACAAAAUGAAUCAAAUGAAUGA